GUGAAUAUGUAAACAUGGCCGACGAUAAUAAUUCAUACGAAUUGCAUGAAAGUGUAUUUAACGGUGAUAUACGCCGAGUUUCGGCCCUAAUACGAACGUAUGAUGUUGCUAAGAAAGACAAACAUGUGCCACUUGUGUCCAGAAUGCUUCCGUCCGAUAUUUGUAAGAUACACAAAAAGGGAGCGUCAAUACGGUUAGAUACUACUUUAGUUGACUUCAAUGAUAUGAGAUGGGAGAGAGGAGAUAUUAGCUUCUUAUUUUCUGGUAGCUCCAAACCAUCUCAUUCUUUAACAGUUUUAGACAACAAACUCAAGGUUUACCAGGGUGUUCGUCAUGAGGAAACAGAAGCAGAAAUAGAAGAUGAGGUUGACAUCCUUAUGAGUUCAGAUAUUGUAGCUGCACAGAUGUCUACAAAGCAAAUUACUUUUGCAAGAGCACAGACAGGCUGGAUAUUCAGAGCAGACAAAAAGGAAAUGGUGGGUAAGUUUAAUGCAGAUUUCUACUAUUUGAAUGGACUGACCAUCGAAUCUCGGAAAAGACGAGAACACUUGAGUGAAGAAGACUUACAGAAAAACAAAGCAAUAUUGGAAAACUUUACAAAAGGUGGAGGAGCACAUUCCUUUGAUGAGUCAACAAGACGAGCAUCAUUGGAACCUCCAAGUACAGAACCUGUAUCAUGGGAAACAUAUAUUCAAGCAGAAGCUGGUAAACCACCACCACUUGGUAGGACACUCAUUUGCAAAGAGUCUUCAAAGUCAUUUAAAGCUACAGUAGCUAUGAGUGAAGAGUUCCCCUUGACGGUUGAGAUGCUCUUAAAUGUUUUGGAAGUGAUAGCACCUUUUAAGCAUUUUGCCAAGUUAAGAGAAUUUGUCCAGAUGAAGCUACCAUCAGGUUUUCCAGUCAAAAUAGAUAUUCCAAUCCUACCAACUGUGUCAGCAAAAAUUACAUUCCAGGAGUUUGCAUUCAAAGAUGACAUCCCUGACUCAUAUUUUGAAGUUCCUGCAGGUUAUAAGGAAGAUCCAAAUAGGUUCCCUGAAUUAUGACGGUAUGAGGACCUUAGCCUUGUAAGUGUCUCCAGUGCGCAGGAACAAGAGGAGCAAGGUCCUGUCUGGAAUCACGGGAAGUCUGAAAGCAGUUGUAAUAAUCCGUUAUCUGGCACUUCCUGUCUUUUAACCUUAUUACCUUGUACCUCACCUACACCUCCACCUCUGCUCAAGCCUUUGCAGUGUGUCCAGUCUUCUUCUCAAACAACGUUACCGGAAUUACAGGAGGAAUCUGAAGUAGGUGACAUUUCAAGUGAACCAUCUUUUUACUCUGUCAGCUCAGUUACCUCGGGUUCUAGUCACAUUAAGUCUGAGGAAGCUGAUGUUUGUAAUGAUGUUUGCAAAAAUACAGAAAAACCCAGUAAACAGAUACAUAAGCAACAUUGUGAUGGUGUGAUGCAGCAAUCAUUUAAUGUAGUCACUUCAACUCCUUGGAAAAACACUACAAUGAAUGUGAAUAAAGACAAUCACUAUAAUUUGGCUAAUGCAGAAAUCCAUCCCACUUUAUGUAAAGGUAAUACAAACUCAUUAGCUAGAAGAGAUUUCGGGCAGGCAGUAAAUUCUGUUGAGGAUGAAACUAUCCCACAGAAAUUCCUGGAAUUGCCUAGGACAGAGUAUAUUAUUGUGGACAUUCCAUUGCAAAUGGGUAUGGGGAGUCCUUACUCAUCCUCAUGCUUCAUUUUAAUUGAUCGCUGAGAACCAUUCUUUUAAGUAGGUUUUCACAUAUUGUGGUGUAUUUUUCUUCACCCAAAACUUAAAAGCCUAAGAGUGUUGUUCAGAAAUUUAAGAAAAAAAAAUUAUUUUUUCCCACAGUUUUGUUGAACCUUUCCUUUGAAGUCUGUAAAACCCUGACAAGGCUCAAAACAAAUUGUGUCACAAAAGUUUAUUCAUCACCCAUAGGGCACAUCUUUAUGCAGGGUCACUAGUGUGUGUAUGGAGUUCAAUAGAACAAUUAACAACCUAGUAUUUUUACAAUGGCCUGUUCAAAUUGUUAACUAGCACCAAGAUAUACUUUGAAAUAUUCCACAGAAUAGGGUAGAGCUCAAGUAGAUGUUAGCAUUUAUAUUUAGGCUAGAGGUCUUUCUAGAAGAGGAAAUAUAUUGCCCUAUGCAGUAUGUAGUAGAGGAAAUAUAUUGCCCUAUGCAGUAGAAUUGUACAGAAAGGAUUUUCUAUAAUUACUAUUGUAUAAAUAUUGUAGAACAGUUGUCCAUCAAUGCCGAAAUCAUUCCAGACAUGAUGCUUUUUUGGAAAUGUACUAAUAGAUAGUUGGUUGGAAUUUGUCUCUCUUAUGAAUGAAAACUUUUGACUUUAUAACUUUAGUUAUUGGUAUCGUUAUUUUUGAUAGGUUGCUGCUGAGCAGCAAUUUUGGUCAAGUUUUGCAGAAUGUAGCCUUGAGUUUAUACUCAACACUACUCACAAGUACACUGUACUGUACCUUGUAACCUGGCAUUCUACACUGUUUUUUUUUUUUUGCUUUCUUUGUACAACUUUUCUUUUUAAUGUAUGCAUAUGCGAGUCAUAUUGUGGUUCAUGCAUAUUUAACUUGAAUUAUUUUGAUGUUAGUUUUUAUAUUAUUUUUCACCUUCAGGCAUUGGAUAAACGUGAAAAUUCUUGCUGAAAUAACAAUGACAUAGGUAUCAUUUAUUAAGGAUGAUAUUUCAGUUUGGAUAGAAAUAUAAUUCAUAGCAGUUUCCACAUGUUUGAAGGGUCUAGUGCUUGGUGUUAAAGGUAAUUUGUUGGUGAACAAAAAUCAUAGUUUCAUUAAGUUGUUUGGGAAUUUUUAUUUUUCGUAGUGAUUUUAUUAUUUAUACCUAAGUUAUUUAAUAUUUAUAGUUGUUAAUAAGUAAGUAAAAAGAAGGUACUGACUGAUAAGUGUAAUGUUUGAGGAUUUUGAAAAUCAGUGUCGUUAAAUCUUGAGGUACAGCGAACCCCUCGUAUUCGUGUGCUACAUGUUCACGGACUUCUCUGUGGAACAUAUACGUACCCCCAUUAUUCACGGAAAAUUUGCCUAUUCGUGGUAUUUUUCUAUGAGAAAUUAUCCACAAAUUCCUGUUUAUUUUAUCAAUGUCAUCAUAAAAUGCACUUUUUGUGAUUAAACUAUUUAAAAAACCAGGCAUAAACAUUUUUAGUGGGUUUUUCUUCUUGAGUUUUAACUAACAAAACAGGCGGUAUUAUAGGGGUUUCAACUAUUCGCGGAUUCUAGCCAUUUGAGGGUUUGGAACGCAUCCCCGUGAAUAAGGGGGGAACACUGUCUACUGUAUUAAGAACUGUUUUCUGUACAGCUCUCUAAGCAUAGCAGAAAAUGGUUUACAUAGAUCAUUUUAGUUUUCACAUUACAUAUUCCACAGAUUUUUUUAUCACUGCUGAGAACCAAGAGUGUUUGUCACUUAUUCUGUACAAAAUCUUACUCAUAAGUUUUUAAGCUGUGAGUUGUUAGCAACAACUUAAACUGUCUUGAUUUAAUCUUGACUUUAAAACAUCAUCUGCACAGUUAUUAAACAGCAUGGAAUAAAGGAGUUAGUUCUCAGUUUCUGUCACUUUCCAAUAAUGAAAUUAUGCUUACUUCAUAGAAAACCCAGGGGAAUUUUGAUAUUCUAAGGAAUAAUGAUAGGAGAAAGAAUUAAUUUUUUUAAGUAAUUGAGCACUCCAUAGGUUAAUGCCUUACAAUUAUCCAAAUAAAGAUACUUGGAAUUGUGUGCCUGAUGAAAAUGAAUAGAUAGUAUUCAAGAAGCAUGUUUGCAGUUGGUUUUUAUUUUUAUUUAUGUCUUGUGGGUAAACUAAACAUUGUAUUAUUUUAUGUAGUGACCAUAUGUGUGCGAUUGUGGAGUUUUCAAGUCUUGGCAGGUGCUGCUCCAAAAAGUGCAAAUCAAGUCAGUAUUGUAUUUCUUGAAACCUUGGGGUUUACUGCACUAUUUUAGGAAGCUUUUAUCAAUAUUUUGAGAAAUGGAAAAUUAUCAAAUAUUUAUAUGUAAUAAGUGGAUAAUUGACAGGUAGCAGAGGGGUCCUUUAGUCACUGAUGUGAACAAAUGUUCUCAGGUUGUCUAAGCUUACAUCGAUGCUUACAUUGGGAGACAUAGGUUAGGCAGUUAACAGAAUAUUUAUCCAGAAAAGUUCUUAACUUUAUAGGUUGUCAGUCUUAGCAUUGGCAAAGAAUUACAAUUUCACAGUGUUAAGAAAUGUACUGUUCGUUUUGUUUAUGGUUGUCAAAAAGUAUAAAACUCUAACCUAGCCAAGCCUUUCAGGCACCUAGCAUGCACCCUUAAUGUCAAAUGAAUCUGGAAUGGUAGUGCAGUUCUUAACACUAAUGCAGGAAUAUCUAAUAUGGCAUUGCUGUGUUACUAAAAGUAAAUUUUGGUCAGCUAGAUAGAUUGGAUAGAGCAUUAUACAAACCCUUGAUAUCUGUUGAAAAACUACCAUACAAUGAACAAUGUGUAACAAAUGGGUUUUCAUGUCGGUCCAAAAAGCUAUACUACUGAAAUUAUUAUAAAAAAAAAAUAACUAAAAUAUAUUUUUAUUUUAGUGGCUGUGAACCCUGAGGAUCAGUUGAGUAUCAGUCUAGUGGCAAUAUCAUAGGGAAUCUUUUUUAAUUUUUCUUUGUUGGAGCCUAUUUUAGGGGGAAAUUUGUAUAGAUGAAUAUGAUACCAAUCUAAAGUGAAAUUACUAUGAAAUCUUAAAUAGAGUACGAUACCGGUCUAAAGUGAAAUUAUACCUUGAAAUAUAAAAAUAUAGUAAAAUACUAAUGUAAAGUGAAAUGAUCUUGCGUAAGUUUUGUUGUCGUUGGAAUGAUUACUCUUUGUCAAGCAACGACGUAACCCUCGCAAGUAGACUUUCUUGUCAAUGGUGGUGGUGUUAUGUGCAGUUUUUUAUUUUUUAAUCAUAUAACCCACAGUAUCAAGAGGCUCUUACACAUCUGUGGCAUACUUCUGACAUAUAUUCCAUUCAUCCACUUUGGUAAAAUUGCCUGAACCUACUUUUUCUUGAUUCAAUUUCCAAAAUGUUUUUGGGGGGCUAGGGGGGCUAGUAUAAUGUUCUUUUUUACCUGUGGUGGCAAACUUAGCUACACCAUAGGCUACAUGCAAAGGUUUCCAAAGGUCCCCCACAACUCUGUUUACAAAUUUGGCCAAUGUCUCUCUCUCUCUCUCUCUCUCUCUCUCG